GGGCGCACUUCUUUCUCGGCACCAAAAGAUAUAAUUUGGUCGGGUGGCGACCGGUGGCGCGAUAAGCUCUACUGGCGGGGACAUCAAUGACUGCAGCUAAUAUCAGGUCGAGCUCAUUAUGUUCAUAAUUAGGUGUGUUAUCUCACUGGUGAAUGAGCUUCAACGUGAUGAAUAUUUGAAAUAGGGACACAAGUUUGAAACACUGUGGGAGCAUUUGAUUUUUUAACAACAUCGAAUCCAGGUGUGGGGCGAGCGGAUUGCGAGUGUUGGUGUUGGGCCCCUGUGACACAGUGGACCGCACCCUGUUGGGAGGAUGACUGACUGGGCUUCGCAUUGCUCGAAGCAAGGAUGCAGAACAGUGUUGGUGGUCCGCGCUUCCAGUGGAGCCAAUCCAGGUCGGAUGCAUUGGGGGCCGUGGGAUUGAAAGUUGGCUGCGUUGCAAAACAGGGACGCCGGACGCGGAACAGGAACACCCGCGUGAUGUGCUUGAACCCAAAGACCGAGUGUUAUGUGAGUCUUCCUCUUUGGCUUCUUUUCAUGUUCUUUUUUUUUUUUUUUUUUUCUUUUCAAAAACUGCUCCUUCACUUUGCGUGAGCAACCUCUCUAUUUUGUGGCUUCUAAAAUUAGCGAGCUUAUCGGGUAGAAAGUUUUUUGUGAGGCCGAUCGUAGCUUAUUGAGCGGAGCUUAUUCCUUCUACUCAACAAUUACUGGCCGCGCGGAGCAUUUCCAGGGAAGAGAUGAUGAGGUGGGGGCGGACAGUGGCCUCGGAGGUGGAUCAUGGCGCGUGUUGGCGAGUUUUGGCUACGCAGAUCUGUGUCGCAGACCGGGCCAAACUUCCACGAUGAUGCAGGCUUCGGAGGCAGAUGCGGAUUAGUUGUGCUCAUCUGUGUGGCACUGGCGAUAGGUUCCUCGAUUUGGUUUCACUGACUUUCUCCUCCUUGUGGUGUGCAGAUUGAACCGAUGACGACGACCGAAAUAUGGUUUUGGAGCAUAUAUGGUUUUGGAGCAGAGGAGCAUAUAUGGUUUUAGAGCUUUUUGAGAUGCCAUCCGGCGACGGCAGAAGCGAUUAACGCUUCCCUGAAAUUGGGAGCACGCUGCUACUAUUGCUUGUCGCGAUCGCUUGUAAUUGGUUGGGGAAGAAUUUAUUUCUCCCGAACUGGGUUUUCCUUCUUCGCUUUCCAAGUUUUUCGGAUUUGCUUUUUUUGACUUUCGGAUUCAGAGCUUCUUCCUUAGGGAGAUCGAUCGAACAAAAGUGAUGGGUUGUACGGCAUUGGGAACAUCUUUGCCAUGGGUAGGUGGGCUCGCCAGAAUCUGGGUCUGUUGUUCUUCAUCAUUUUUUUUUUUUUUUUUUUGCCAUUUGUUGAAUCUGGGUUACUGAUAAUUGAGACACAAAAACCUCUUCUACUCCUCCAUUAGUGCCCAACAUCAUCAAUUAGAGAUACCCACAGUAGAGUUCUCUCUAGAAACAAAACUCGGGGUACAUUUGGAGAUCCCAUAUUUGGUUUCUCUCUCUUCUAUGUUCCGCAUCUUUUGGAUGUUGUUGGACUAUAUUGUAAAAGUAGACUUAGUUUAAGGACCUUAUUGUAAUGUUUGUUUAUGUUUAAGUACUGUUUUGUUAUUUCCCUAUUUACAACCUGUAUAUAUUGAAUUAAGAACAGUGUAAUUUUUACCUUUUGAUGAAAUAAAAUAAGUAGCCUCGUUUCUCCCAACAUGGUAUCAGAGCAAAUCAGUUUCUAGAGAAUUCUUGACGUUUCGUUCUUUCUUCUUGCUUCCGCGUUUUCUUCCAUGGCGACUUCUUCCGUCUCGUCCUUCCAACCUCCGUUGCCGAUCUCGGCGACGCUUGCACCGAAUCAUCCAUAUUUCAUCGGUUCCGGCGACUCGUCCACAGCGCAGCUUGUCUCGGUCGUUCUCACCGGGCCGAACUACCACUCCUGGGCUCGGUCCAUGCGCUUUGGUCUUUUGUCGAAGAACAAGAUUUCCUUCGUCGAUCCUUCCGUCCCGACGCCUCCGGUUGGUGAUCCGCUCUUCCAGGCCUGGCAGAUGUGCGAUACACUCGUCCUUAGCUGGAUUCUCCGGUCGCUCUCGCCGGAGAUUGCACAGAGUGUUCUCUGGCUCAACACCGCGGUCGAGGUUUGGCGUGAUCUCCAGGAGCGCUUCAGCAUCGCAGAUCUGGUUCGAAUCGCUGAUCUCCAGUAUGAGAUCUACGGGCUGAAGCAAGGCGAUUUGUCUAUAAGUGCGUUCUUCACCAAGUUUAGGGUUCUUUGGGAUGAGUUGAAGACUUAUCGUCCUGUGCGUUCCUGUGCAUGUGUUCCUCGAUGUUCUUGUGCUGAGUACAUGAGAGCAGAUCAGGUUAUUAGGUUCUUGAGAGGUCUGAAUGAGGAUUUUGAGUCUGUUAGAUGCUCGAUUUUGUUGUUAGAUCCUUUGCCUCCCAUUAACAAGGUCUUCUCUAUGAUAGCCCAGCAUGAGCGUCAAAUUAGAAUCCCUAACCCUAAAUCUGUCAAUCCUAUGGCUUGUGCUGUUCAGUCUGGUCCACACAAGGGUAAUAAUCAGUCAAAACGCCAUGUCUGUACGUUUUGUGGCUUGACUGGGCAUACUGUUGAGCGGUGUUACAAGAAACAUGGUUAUCCACCAGGUUAUAAGCCUCGUGCUAGAGUCAAUGCUGUAGUUAGUGAGUCUAUCGACACUAACAGUUCUGGUUCCAGUGAGAACGGAAGUACUUCUUCCGAUUCUGUUGUUUUGACACAGCAGCAGUAUAGAGCUUUGUUUGCUCAGAGUCAUCCUCAGACUCUUUCUCUUCCAGUUCCUACUGUGAACUCUGUCACUACUGGUGUGUCAUUCCUGGCUUCCUCAGCUGCUUCCUCGAGCUAGGAUGGAG